UACCACCACAGAAAGCUGUGGUCAAUUUUAUUUUAGUUCAUAGGGUCUAUCAAAGACAAAUUAAUCUACUGGUUGGGCCUAUGUUUUAGACCAUUUCCAUUAUUUUUAUUUUAGUCAUAGAGAGAGUUUCAAUUAAUAAUGUAGAGAAGUUAGUUUUGCAAUGGGCAGUACAGGGAAAACUGAAGAUGUUAAAGAUAUUGAUCUGGUGGAAAAAGAAUUCAAAAUGAGGAUAGCAGUAAUAGGUGCUGGAGCAUCUGGUCUAGUAGCAAUCAAAUAUUGUAUCCAAGAUGGACAUGAUUGUGAAGCGUUCGAACAAACGGAAUCAUUAGGAGGUACUUGGAAUUAUACAGAUGAUGUUGGAUUAGACAAAAAUGGACUUCCCAUACACACGUCCAUGUAUAAACAUCUUAGAACAAAUUUGCCGAAGGAAUUGAUGUUGUUUGACGACUUUCAAUAUCCCGAGGGUCUAAAGGAAUCUUUUAUAUCUCAGAACGAAGUGUUGCAGUAUUUGAAUAAUUAUGCAGAUAAGAUGAACUUGAGAAAAUAUAUAAGGUUUCUGACACAAGUUACCUAUGUUCAACCAAUUGAUGACAAUAAAUGGGACAUUGAAAUUCAAGAUGUUAUAUCCAAAGAAAAAAUUAGAAAGAUAUUCGAUGCUGUUAUUUGUUGUAACGGGAAAUAUAGUGUGCCUUAUAUGCCUCAUAUACCUGGAUUGGAUUCUUUCAGCGGGAAUUGUAUCCAUAGCCACAAUUAUAGAAGCGAAGAGCCCUACAGGGAUAAAACAGUUCUUGUCAUUGGAGCAGGGCCAUCUGGAGUUGAUAUCUGCAGUCAUUUGAGCAGAGUAGCAAAAAAGGUGCUGUUGAGUAUGAAAUCAUCUCCAUUUUUCAAAGCAUCAUAUGGAAUAGUUGAAAAGGUCCCACUUAAAGAAAUAAUUGGAAAAAAAGGUGUAUUCGAAGACCAAUCUAUUGAAUUAAUAGACGAUAUUAUUAUGUGUACAGGAUACGUUUACAAUUAUCCUUUUCUGAGUGAAAAAUGUCAGAUAACAGUAGAUGACAACUAUGUCAGAGGUUUGUAUAAGGAGAUAGUAUGUGUUGAAUACCCAACACUGAUUGUUAUGGGAAUACCAGGACGUAUAUGUCCUUUUCCUACUUUUGGUCUUCAGAUGCGUUUCGUGAUGAAAAUGCUAAAAGGUGAAUAUCAUCUGCCAUCAAGGGAAAAAAUGAUAAAGGAAAUACAGAAAGAAAGAGAAGACAAAAAUUGCGCCAAUAGACAUUUUCAUAACAAAGGUGUGGAGGGAGAGCUGAUGUAUUGGAUAGAUUUAGCAGAAUCAGCAAAUGUUGAAGGGAUUCCUAAAGUAUUUAGCAAAUUGCAUGCACAUGUCAUACAACAUAAACGAGAUGUUAAGAAAGGAUAUAGAAUCCUGAAUGAAGAAGAAUUUCAAGAAUAUGACAUAUAAAUAUAAUAUUGUUUGCUUUAUUUCUACCAAUCAAAGAAAUAUAAAAUUAUUUUUGUAUGGGUUAAUGUUCUUUCACAUGAAAAUAAAUGGAAUAUUGGAAAACAAGAAAUUGAUAGGUAAUGGUAGAUUUUACCAAUGAAGCAGAAUUUCACGCCACCACAAUCUACAAUAGUCAAGCCAUAAUACAGUUUAGUGCGUCUUCAGUUGCCUACCAGUAACGGCGCAUCAUUGACUCAUAGGUAAUAUAUACACUGUAAGAGAUUGAUUAAUUAUCAAAUGAAUAAAGAAAUUUACUUUAGAAUAUC